AUCAUUUAAUUGUUGUCAACAAACGGAUUAAACAAUGAGCGCUCGAAGUUUACGCGAGCGUCCACAACGAAAAGAAACAACUGACGACAACAGUGCCACCGAAGCCGAAAAGAAGCGAAAAGGCAAAAAGAAAGGUUGCUAUUACACAAAGAAUAGCGCCUACGAUCUGUAUGGAAACAUUAGAUACAGCGAUUUGGACGUCUGCGAUUGCAUGAACGAUGAGUGCAGUGGAUGCUGGUACGAGUGUCGCAUUUGUGGCUCUACCCGAUGUGGUCCACAGUGUCGCGUUAAUCGAAAGUUCUUCUAUGAGACCAUUGUGUAUGAUGGUAAGGAUCUGACCAUAUCCAAUAAACAUCUGCCUGGGAAAAUGUAAUGCAUUUAAUUAUGUGUAAGCGAAUAGUGUUUUUAAAAGUGUAAGCAAUUGUCUUUUGUAAUUGUAAUAAAAGUAAAUGAUUCAACAAA